AUGAAGCAACUCGCCAUUUCCUUCUGCAUCAUCCUUCCUCUCGCCUGCUUCUGGGUCCUCAACGCAGAAGACGCCCAACAAGGUAAGCGACGCUCAUCGUCAGAAGGCCUCAUCACUCUUUCCAUGCUUCAGCCCCAGAGCUCCGUGACGCCAACUCGACAGUCUUCCGCCAGAAGAGACAGUUCGGAUGCCCCGCCAACUGCUAUUCCUCGUGCAGUUCUUCGUCCCAGUGCCAGAGAUACUCGGUCGCCUCCGUCUGUGUCCAGGGAUGCUGUUGCCCGGGAAGCAGCAACAACCUUGACAGUAAGUUUCUUCUCUUCGCACAUCCUGAUGAUUCCUACUGAAGUGAGCUGCAGUGGGAAAACCUUCAGCUUUCCUAUGAUUCUUACCCGACCAGACAUCCGCUCAUAUCCAUAUCAGUCUAGCCGUUCGCCUUGAAGUGUCUCUCCCGAAACUAGCUUCCGGCGGUUCGAGCAAACACACUGAUUACCUAAUGAUUGAUACAACGCUCUCCCUCUCUGCCUCUGCGGUGCUCCUCGAGCGUUCUCGAUGUCCACCAGCACCUUCGACGGGUCAACAUAAAUACAAAAUAUUUGCGAAGCUUCCUUCACCGUCGCUUCCCUUUCUGUUUGCUCGUGAAAUCUACUUGCGCUCUCACGACGCCUCGCCCGCACGAAACCCGCCAAAGGAGCAGCCCUAUCUUUAGCUCCUAUCAGAGGCCUCUUCCAAAUAUAGGCGAUGACGUGUUUCAGCCGCCUGCUCCGGAGGACCGGCCGUCGCCGCCUGCCUCGGGGGACUCUGCGGACAGGGAUUCUUCUGCUCGAGCAACAACUACUGCUGCAGAUGCCAGUCCGGAAACAGCACUGGUACGUGACGCCUUCUUUCUUCUUCUUCUUCUCUAAUCCAUGUCUUCUCUUUCAGGACCAUGUGUUAACCAAGUGUGCCCAACUGGAUACAUGUGCAACACGAACAACUACUGCUGCCCGCUCGGAUCCGGAGGAGUCCUCGGAUCGUGCGUAAACGGAGUCUGCCCGACUGGAUACACUUGCGGAGCCGGAAACUUGUGCUACUUGAGCAGCGGAAAGUAA